GCGUGGCACGGGAGGCGCCGUCGGUUGGCCGGCGGCGGGCGGGGGCGGGCCAUGGCGCUGCUGCUGUGCCUGGCCCUGACAGCGGCGCUGGCCCGCGGCUGCUUGCACUGCCACGGCAACUUCUCGGAGAAGUUCUCCUUCUACCGCCAUCACGUGAACCUCAAGUCCUGGUGGGUGGGCGACAUCCCCGUGUCGGGCUCGCUGCUCACUGACUGGAGCCAGGACACAAUGAAGGAGCUGCACCUGGCCAUCCCCGCGGAGAUCACCUGGGAGAAGCUGAACCAAGUGGCGAACGUCGUGUACCAGAGAAUGGAUCAACUGUACCAGGGGAAGCUGUAUUUCCCUGGGUAUUUUCCCAACGAGCUGCGAGCUAUCUUCCGGGAGCAGGUGCACCUCAUCCAGAAAGCCAUCAUCGAAAGCCGCAUCGACUGUCAGCGUCACUGCGGGUGCGGCCGCCUCUGGUGUGUUACAGGCAUCUUCCAGUACGAGACCAUCUCCUGCACCAACUGCACGAACUCACACGUCGUCUGCUUUGGCUACAGCUGCGAGUCGUCGGCAGAGUGGAAGGCAGCAGUGCAGGGCCUCCUCCAGCACAUAAAUAACUGGAGCAAGUAAGUAGUUGCCGCUCCGCAAAGGCAGUGUGCAUGUGCGUCCUCGUGGGUGAGUAUGCGCCGGGGCAGCCACAGAAGGCAGCACCUGCCCCCGGUGUGGCGGGCCCAGCCUCUACCUCCCAGGGUCUCUGAGCUCGUCUGGCACGAGGGGGCACAUCCCGGUUAAGUGGUCCCCAGAGUCUGGUCCUACCCCUGCCCCAGGCUGGUGGCAGGCUGUGAUCGGAGCUGGGGAGGGCGCCCCCUGGUGGAGGCGUGCUCCAGUGGAGGCACCUCAGGGCCACAGGCACAGCCUCAGCCCCAAAGCUCAGAGCUAACUGGGGCCCCAUUGUGUCUUUCAGACAGAACACCAACACAAGGUAAGCCCCCCGCAACAAGGCCCGUCCUCCUGGAGCGGGGGUGUGUGGCGUGGGGUUGUCCCGGUCAGUGGGGGAGGGCAGGGGUGUUGGAUGGGGUGGGCACAGCCGGGCAGGGCUCCCUCUCUGCACCUGGGACAUGUGGACAUCACCUCUGCAACCCCGCCCAUGCCAUCACUGCAUGAAUAAACAUGAGCUCCUCCUGCCCCUAGCCUGGACACACAGAACCACUCCAGCCUUUUGAGUGACCCAGUGGGGGUAGGCCGCAGGGACAUGGGUGGACUCCAGGGGCAGGAGUUGUGCCUAAGCCAGAGAUCAGAACCCCAUGCCCCCCCACCAUUGCUGCCUUCGCAGCCCUAGUCGUGGGAGUGUAGGGCGUGACCCCACUGCUGUCCUAGGGAUGUGAGAACAGGCAAGGCCUCCGAGUUCAGCUUGAGGGUCUGUCUGCAGCCCUGUCACAUGCCCAGCUGGGAUGAGGGGCCCAGGCCUCCAGCAAAACCCCACCAGGGAGAGCAAGGUGUGGGAGGGGAAGAAGGACUGGGGCACCCACGUCUCCUUGCAGCUUGAUAUCACCAAGCUUCAGGUGUCUGGAGUCCUCGCACCUGGCCAACCUGACUCUGGAAAACGCCUCCAAGUGCCUGAUACAGCACUGAGGGCGGCCAGGCCAGCCAGACCCGCCCCCGCCAUGGUGCGGGGCCUCCGCUGGACCGCCUCAGCCUGGCGCUGUGGAGCAGGCCUGCUGCUGCCUGGGUGCUCCACCCGGCUCGGAGCCCGGGCUGGGCCGGGCUGGGGCUGGGAGGACGGGAAGGGAGGUAGAUGGGUUUGUAUAUAGCGGCAGGAUCACAGCUGUUUGAGGGAAUGAUUAAAUAUCCCUGACAUUUCUCAUCC